CCCCAGGAAAGGGUUCCAAGUCCUUUAGUACCCGACGCUAGCUGGUAAGCCAUUCCGGGCGUUUCAGCUGCCUGGUCGCAGAGGCAGGAGGCGUGCAUGGGAGGAGAGCUCGGGUAAUAUACUCCCAGACCUGACCGCACGUGCGUCAUGGACCUCGCCAGCACUUGCUCCAGCUUUCAGUCGGACUUGGAUUUCUGUUCGGAGUGCGGCUCGGUCCUGCCUCUGCCGGGGGCUCAGGAUACGGUUACCUGUACGCGCUGUGGCUUCAACAUCAACGUUCGGGACUUUGAGGGGAAGGUUGUGAAGACUUCAGUUGUGUUCCACCAGCUGGGGACAGCCAUGCCUAUGUCGGUGGAGGAAGGGCCUGAGUUCCAGGGACCUGUGGUUGACAGGCGCUGCUCUCGAUGUGGUCAUGAAGGAAUGGCAUACCACACCAGACAGAUGCGUUCAGCAGAUGAGGGGCAAACUGUCUUCUACACCUGUACCAACUGCAAGUUCCAGGAGAAGGAAGACUCUUGACCUUUUUUGUGGGCAACUCAACAGUCCCUCCCUCCUUUUGGAAAGUGAAGGAUUCUGGGUUCUUCAAUGCCUUGUCCAUCCCGUCUGGUUGCAAUGUUUUGCUCCCAGAAGAGAAUCAGAUCAUCAUGUGGGGAUUAUCAUUGUUCCCAGAGUACUCUUGCCUUUAGUUGAAUUUCCUUAUUAAAGUUAUAUUUUUCCAUAAGACCCUGA